UGUCCUCAGUUCCCAUGCGAGGUUCCGCUCGGUAUCGUUCAGCCAAGCCACGUCCGAUUGUCUCGAGCGGUGUCAUGUCGCGAGUCAGCCGCCUCUAACGCGAGGAAUCCGGCCGGUGAGAAGUGUGCAGUGAAUCUCCCCACGUGGAAGAGCCCAAGAAACGAUCACAGCAAUGCGGUUCGCCAAGCUGAGACUCUUCACGGCGACGCUCCUCGUCGUCGCGACCCUCGCUAAAGAGGAAAGCUCGUCGUCGAAGAACCGAGACAAACGUCAACAGCUCGCCUUUCUACGAAAGGUGGGUCGUCUGCCGCCGUAUGCGGUGCAAAUGGAACCAAUAGUGCAAUAUUCUCAGAGAGAUCCUUUAUACAAUCCUUUGGCGAGUUCGAAGAACGACGAUUUAUAUGGAGAGACUCCAUCGAGCUAUUAUCAAACGGAACCCGAGCCGAUUAUCGAGAUCAUCAUCAAAGAAUCGAAUGAGACUCUUCCAACUCCGGCGCCGCUACCACUUUCUUCUCAACCGCGACCUACCAAGGAACCCAUCCAGGUCUUCUACGUAAAAUACGAGAAGAAAAAGGGUUAUGGAGAUAAGACUCGCGUCGUUUACGAUCCACCGAUCCCCGCGCUGACACCUGUGGAGGAGCACGAGGAAAUUAAGCCGGACAACCCGGCACCGUAUGGGGAAGAGCCAACGAAUACGGUGACACCGGCACCGCCUCCGGAACCAUCGACGACCUUACGCGCUAUCAUUCGACCCGAUAGCGAAGUGUACCAUUCCGGUAGUAGCGGUAUCCGCGUGACUUUCGGUACCGAGCAAGUGCCACCCAACAAUCAUAACAAGCGUAGCGACUUAGAGACGCCUGCAGGCAGUAUUCAACAGCACGCCAGCAAGCCAACAACGUCGCCGGGAGCGCCGAAAAGACAGCAUGGUCCUUAUCAACCCCUGCAGCCCCCGCGAGUGCCCGCAUUUCCGCAACAGCGUAUUAUCAAUUCAUUCCCGCCGCAACCGCAAAUAACGACAUUCUUGCAACAACAGCAGCAGCAGCAAUCACUGCUGCAGCAUCAAACGUUUCCACCUCAGCAAUCCUUGAGAAAUCCACCACCGCCAUCGCCACCAUCAUCGAGACCACUGCAACGUCAUCCCAUAACUAUUCAGGGUCUCCCGGAAGUGCAACAACGCGCGACGUUCAACAGUUUUGGUCCACCACCGCAUCACGUCAAUAUCAAUCACCCGCAGCAACCGGGAUUCCCACCUGCGCUGUCGGUAUCGCAUCAAAGCGUUCAAGUACAGAAUCGACCAUUGUCGUUGCCACCAAAUAACUUCGCGGAACCGCCCCAGCAACCAUUACCGGUCAGAUCUGGUGGCUUUAAUUCGGAGCAGCAACCGUUAUCCAGACAGAAUGGUUUCAACGUGGAGCUUUUACCACAACCUCCAUUUAAACAGCAGGAAUUGGAGAAACAACGUUACCAUGAGCAACGACGACAGCAAGAGUUAUUGAAGCAACGGGAACAUCAACGACAGCACGAACAGCAGCGACAUCAAGAACAUCAGCGAUUCUUGGAGCAGCAGAGACAGGUCGAGCAACAGAGAUUGCUGGAGCAGCAGAGACAACAGGAACAGCAGAGGCAGCAAGAGCAUCAGAGACUUCAAGAACAACAACGAUUGCAGGAACAGCAACGCUUGCAAGAACAACAUCGGCAACAGGAGCAGCAACAAUUGCAAGAAUUACAGCGCUUGCAGGAGCAACGCAGGCGGAAACAGGAGCAGGAGCUCAAGUUCCUUCAGGAACAACAACGAUAUCGUACACAGCUUAAGUAUAAUCAGGUGCAGCAACCGCAAUUGCAGUCGCAAUUACAGCCACAAUUGCAACCACAAUUGCAGUCACAAUUACAGUCACAAUUACAGCCACAAUUACCAUCCCAACGACCAGGAGGUGAAAUCUUCAAGGCCGUGCCUAAGCUAGAACAGCAUUACGCGUUCCAAGAAAAUCCUCUUCAUCCCGGUCCGUUCCCACCAAAUCCUACGAUAAUUCAAUCAACGGCGUUUCCCGAACUUUCCCAAAAUCAGUUCGUAUCGCCGCAAUCGUUCAGUGCCCUUCGCGAUUCUCAGCAACUGCCUGGGAUUUUAACAAAUCAUUUUAUCUCCGGUGACGGUCUGCAGCAACAGUUAAACACGCAACAAUUAAACCAGCACUUAAACACGAAGCAAUCUCAUCAGAGCAGUCAGCAAAGCUUCUUCUCGCAGACGCUUCCGACAUCGCAACAACGGCCACAAACGACCGCAACGACCACUUUCACUCAGCAACAAUCGAUAUGGGGCCGACCAUUGUUCCAGAAUAAUCCCUCGCAGAAGAUCUACGCGACACCGGUUAGUCCCUCCGAAGAGUUCAACUCACCGCCGACCGCUAAAACGUUCUUACCGACAACUACAAGUACGACUACAACCACAACCACCACCACCACGACUACCGAAGCAUCGACCACGACGACGCUCUCGCCGAAUAAGGCCGCCAAGAUCAAAGAGAACAUUGCGAAUCUACCGGACGAGGUGCCAGACGACAUUAGGGAGCAGCUGUUGAGCUCCGGUAUUUUAGGCAACGCCGACAUCCAGAUCCUCGACUAUGACAAGAUCGGUGAUAUUCCGAUCGAGAAACUGCCGCCGGAAGCUCUGUCGAAUUUCUACGGCGCCGGAGGCGGUGCGGCGAUCGCCGCCGGCAGCGAGCCCGUGCCGACGGUCGUCAAGAGGCCGUCGUUUAAGACAGCGCAGAAGAAGGUGACGAGUCUGACUCCCGCUAUCAAUCGUGGUAGCAACUCGACCAAGUUCGAGCAAGCCACCUUGCGGCCCGGUGGCGUGGAGAUGAAAGUAGUACGCUUCGAUCCGAAUACGGAGCAAGGCCGGGCCGUGGCGGAGCAGCAUAUACGGGACGACGCGACCCGGCUGGAGCCGGUGACCGUGGGAACGCGCGGGGAUGUCUCACAGUACAAUCGUUAUCUG